GAAGCUUGCGGUCUUUGUUCAUUCAUUUCAUCGGUUGGGUUCCUUUGUUGAACCAAAAGCAUGGGAGCACAAAUCUCCAAAACCGCUGGAAAGGAAGACGUUGCUGCAGAAAAGCCAGCAGAAGGAGCUGCCGUCGAGGCGAAGGCAAACGGACAGGGGAAUGGCCAUGCCAAGACCAACGGGGAUGCCUCCCCAUCCACUGAGGAGGCCGUCGUCCAGGCCAAUGGCACUACUCCUGUCGAGGAUGCGCCCAAGGAUGGAGAGGAGAAGAUAGAGGCAGUGGAGGUCAACGGCGAAGGCAAGGAGCCCGCCGCCACCAACGGAGAGGCCAAGGCAGAGGACGGCGCCACUCCCUCCGGCAGUGAGGACGCCAAGCAGAAGAAGAAGCGCUUCUCCUUCAAGAAGCCCAACUUCAAGCUCAGCGGCUUCUCCUUCAAGAAGACCAAGAAGGACUCUGAGGAGGCCACGGGGGAGGAGGGUGCCGCCGCGGAGCCCGCCGCCGGAGAGGAGAAGCCCGCCGAGGAAGGCGGUGCGGCGGCUUCAGAGGAGGUGAAACCAGAGGAGGCCGCUAAAGAGGAGGCCAAGGAGCCGGCGGCGGCGGCUGCUGCUGCUGCAGUAGAGGCGGCUGCCGAGGAGCCCAAAGCAGAGCAGGCGAAGGCAGAAGGCGAGGUGGCGGCGGCGGCAGCGGCGGCAGUGGAGGAGAAGCCCACCGAAGCUUCACCCGCCGAGCCCGAGACGCCCGCCAGUCCAGAGGCCCCAGCGGCCGCCGAGUAAAGGCAGGCACUCUGCGCCAUGAUUUGAUGAAGUGAGAGGAGGCGGAGGGGGACCGGUGUGUUUGAGGGAAUGCGAGGACUUGUCUAGAACCAGACUUUAUUCUUCCUUUGUUCUUUUGUUCCUUGUUUGACCUUUUUUUGUUUUUUUGCCGACUGUUUCAUCCAUCCAUCGUGACAACAGGUUCCUUGGCAGUGGUGGGAGUAAGGGGUGGUUUUGGGGGGGGGGGAUUGCUCUGCUUCCAGACUGCUCAUUGGUGUUUGCAAUUGUGACGUGGGUGAAUGUACGUGUGCGAAAGUGAGUGUGAAUUUUUUUUAUAAUUUUUUUCUCUCUACACAUGAAACCAUGACUGACUGCGUUGGCGUCUCGCCGGAUGACUUUUGACGUAUUUAAAUGAAGUAUUUGGUGCUGGGCGUUUGGAUGUAGCAGCUGAAGCUGUGACUGCAAGUUUUGACACAUUGUGAUAUUUAAAAGGGAAAGUACUAAAAAAGGAAAAAAAAAAAGAUGGAAAAAAAACCCAAGUCUUAAAUGUUGUCUUUGCAGUGCACAGUUGUUUACAACUUAAAAGCUCAAUGCUUCUGUGGACACAUUUCCAUUUCCUAAAAGUAGUUUUUAGUUAAAUGUCGAAACAAUAGGUGCUCAUGGAUUUCUAUUAGAUUCCACCAUCUCAAGAUUCUGUAGUAAUGCACGUUGUAUAGACUUUGAUAUUACUGGUUUUAUGACUGAGAUGUACCUAAAUAAUUGAAGUUUUUAACAAAUGACCCAUUGUAAAUGAAGUUUUCUUGUUUGUUAAUUUUCACCAUUUGUAAGAUUGAAAUAAAAUUGGGAGAUGUUUUAAGCAA